AUGGCUGGAACAACAAUGGCUGGGACAACAAUGGCUGGAACAACGGAUGGAACAACAACUGGGACGAUGGCUGGAGAGGGGGAAGAUGGCCGCGACGGGGGUCGUUCGAACUGUAACAAUGGACUUCCUAACUGUGGUUGGCAUGUUGACCCCAUCCCUGACCAACAACCAAAUCCUUACCCACGACGUAAUCCUUACCCACAACCAAACCCUUACCCAAGGCCGAACCCAGGAUGCAUACCCCCUGCAUGUCAUGUUGAUCCCCCUUCUCGGCCUCAGGUACGCGGAGGAAGUGUUCGAUUAGGAGGACGCCCCGAGCAUGGAUAUCCAGGAUAA